AUGGCCUCCUCCAACCACUCCCACUUCUGCUGCGCCUUCCGCAACUGGAUGGCGCAGCAGCAACAGGACUUUCACAAGCUCCUGGCGGCCGACCCGGCCGCCACGAGCCCGCAGGAGCUGGAGCACCUAAGGGACAAGUGCACCAAGCACUUCAAGGAGUAUGCCGAGAGGCGGGCCGCCAUGGCGAGGCAGGACGCGCCGUGCCUCCUGUCCCCUCCGUGGUGCUCGGCCUUCGAGAACGCCUUCAUGUGGGUCGGAGGGUGCAGGCCCUCGCUCUUCAUCCGGCUCAUCUACUGCGUCUGCGGGUCCGAGCUCGACGGGUCCAACCUCGCCGUGCUCUCGGCGAGGCAGCUCGAAAUGAUCAGCGCUCUGCAGUGCAAGACUGUGAAGGAGGAGGAUAAGUUUUCUACAAGGAUUGCUUCUUUAAAGGCACACGAAGAAAUAGCAGAUGAGCCGCUGGCAACGAUGGCGAAGAAAAGUGUGGGGGAGGUGGAGGCGGCAAUGGCAGCGCACGAGGCGGCAAUGGCGGAGGUUAUAUGUGAGGCGGAUAAGCUGAGGAUGGAGACGCUCAAGGAGGUGAUGGGAAUCCUCAGCCCGUUGCAGGCCGUCGAUCUUCUGAUCGCCGCGAAGCAGCUCCACGCGGCAAAUUUGCAACAAAGAUGGUAA